UUAGCUGAGUCCAGUUAUUUAAGCAGGACAGCCUGGGAGAAUAUAUCAUGCAAAGAACAGGGGCUGUGCUGAACAGUGUGGGACCUUUAGGCGUCUGAUGUUUUGCUCAUCUUUGUAGAAGCUGUGACUAUGGCAUCCCAAGGCCAGGUCAUUUUCUGGAGCAUGACUACAGUCAUUAUCAUCCUGGAUGCGGUGACUGCCCUGAUCAUCGGGUUUGGUGUCUCAGGAAAACGCUCCAUCAGCGUGACGGUGCUGACGUCUCCAGGGAACAUCGGCCAGCGCGGUGUCCUGGGCUGCACUUUUGAGCCCGACAUCCAGAUAGGCAGCAUCGCAAUCCGGUGGGCCAAGGCGGGAGUGGCCGGGUUGGUUCACGAGUUUAAAGGUGGGAAGGACCACCUGCAAGAGCAAGACGCGUCAUUUCAGGGCCGCACGGCGGUGUUUGCGGACCAGGUGAUGGGUGGCAAUGCUUCCCUGGAGCUGAGGGACGUGCAGCUCUCCGAUGCCGGCACCUACCAGUGCUCUGUCACCACGGCCAGAGGGAGCGGAGCGGCAGUGCUGCGGUACAGGACAGGAGCCUUCAGCACCCCCAAGGUCCACGUGGAGAACAGCAGCAGUGGGGACACGUUGCAGUGCAAAGCACCGCGCUGGUUCCCUCGACCGGCCGUGCACUGGACAGUCUACAGUGAUGCCGGGGAGUACCUACCUCACUUUGCCAACACCAGCUAUGAGCUGAAUGCUGAAAACAUCACUCUGAAAGUGGUUUCCUUUCUGCACAACAUUACUGCUAAUGCCACCUACACCUGUGUGAUUGAAAACAACAUUGCCAAGGCUACAGGCAACAUCAAAGUGACAGCCUCUCACUAUUCUUCUGCUGCAGAUUUCAGCAUUACAAGGCGGACCAGCUUGCAGCUGGUGAACUGGAACACAGAGUCAGUGUCCUCUUCCCUUCCAGCCUCUCACUGGAUGCUUCUGCUUCCCCUAUAUCUGCUGUCAAUAUAAAGUGUCUAUAAAACAAUCAGAAACACUGCUGGACCUGGAGCGCUUACCGUGCACUGGCUUGCCUUACUCCUGUGCGUGAUGGACACAGUGGAUUGUCACGGGUGCACCUCCCCUGAAGGAAGAGUAAAGCUGCAGCUACAUAUGGGUGCGUAUAACAGAGAGAAGGGGAAGGGCCACUGCUUCUUUUAACCCUCCCCUAAUAAAGUAUGCAAAGGAUUAAAAAACUU